AUGGACGUUGAAGCAGAGCUCGAGAGUCGAGUCGAUUUUGCUCGCGUUGGCCGAACGAAGCUUGAUCUGCCGCGCAAACUUCCGCUUGACGUCCUUGAACGCACCCCUCUCGAGGAGCGUCAGCGUGGUCCCAGUGCUGAUGAUUGCGAACCCAAACUUGUCGACGCGCGUCGGUGCUGCCCGCCCCACGGCGACCCCCACGAGCGGGACCCAAUAGAACGGGCCAGCCGACUCAUUCACGAAGAGUCGGGUCGUGGGGGCACCAGGAGGUGCCUGGGCGGCCCCGGUCCCCAACUCGAGCACGCCCUCCCCUGCGGAGCCUGCCGGCGGCAUGCAGUAGGAGAAUUUGGUCACGGUGAGUUGCGAGAUAAGAGAACGGUCUCGGUGGCAAGCUCCCCGUUGGACCAGCUGUUGUCAGAGUACGUCAAAUUGUACGUGCACUUGUUGUGCGGCCGUCUCUUGAUUGGGCAUUUCGAUGGACGGUUAGAUGAAUUUCGAGGGCACCGUUUCUUACACGACAUGCAUUGGAUCCACGUGAGGUCUGUGCCGGUGGAUAUAAUGGCCGAGACGCGUUGA